ACAUCAUCAUCCACUGCUCGGGCGCAAGAGACGCAAAUCAGCUGGUAUGUCAAAUAAUCAGCUGGUUGACUCCUGUCUGCUGGUGAAUCGCCGGAUUGAGCAGAGACAGGAGCACAACAUAACUCGCACUGAGAUCACGCAGAGACGCGUCCUACAGGAGAAAGCCCCCGACAUGCCGCAAUACACCGGACAGGGCGACACGGACUACCAUGGGAGUAACGGACAGGCGGACACCCACUCGUUGCACUCGUCUCAUCUGUCCGUCCAGGAGGAUCCGCUGCUUAUCCGGUCCCACAAGCAACAGACUUCUCAGCAAGUGACGACUGUGACGAAAGUCGUGCGCGAGGUUUCCCACAUGGAGCCGGACCCGGGCGCGGUCAGUUACAUGUCGGUGCCGCUGAUGUCGCAGGACUAUCAACACGCGGAUCCCCGCUAUGCCGCGGAUCCGUACAUGGUCAGCUUCGAUCAUUACGAUCCGUACCUGGGCUACCCGCCGCAGCCGGGGUAUCCGGGACCCCAUGGCAUUUACAUGCCGCGAUCGCAUUCCCCUCACAGCCCUCACAGCCCGUCGGAACACAGUCGUGCUUCGCCGCCACACGAGUACAUGCGCAAGGGUGCACCCUACGUGGAGGGUAGCUAUAACGACAUCGACCCCAGCUUAAACCCCGCUUUGCAGGACCAUUAUCGCAUUACUCCGAGUCCAGGUGGUCCCGGAGAUCAGUAUGAUGAGAGCAAAGUGGCCUAUGGCUACGUGUCGCCGUCGCCGUACGGGCCCGUGGGAUACGGACCCGCCGUGGGAGUCGGACCGGUGCCGAGCGACGUGCCCGGCUACGAGGAGGGCCAUCCGGGCGUGCCCCUCACGUCGGCGGUGCCGCCCGGCAUCUUCGAGGACGAGGUGCACCUGCAACGGCUGCAGUCGCGUCACCCGGUGGUGCCCGGUAUGGCGAGCCCGCUCGACGACGAUCAGAAGUCCAUGCGCUGGCGCGACCCGAACCUGUCCGAGGUGAUCGGCUUCCUGAGCAAUCCGAACAACAUAAUCAAGGCGAACGCGGCCGCGUAUCUGCAGCACCUCUGCUACAUGGACGACCCGAACAAGCAGAAGACGCGCAGCCUCGGCGGCAUACCGCCGCUGGUGCAGCUGCUCGACCACGACAAUCCGGACGUGCACUCGAACGCGUGCGGCGCGCUGCGGAAUCUGUCGUACGGCCGGCAAAACGACGAGAACAAGCGCGCGAUCAAGAACGCGGGCGGCGUGCCGGCCCUGAUCAAUCUACUGCGACGGACAUCCGACGCGGUGGUCAAGGAGCUGGUCACGGGGGUGCUGUGGAACCUGUCCUCGUGUGAAGACCUGAAGAGGUCGAUUCUCGACGACGGCGUGACGAUGGUGGUGAGCAACAUAAUAAUACCUCACAGCGGCUGGAACCCAAGCUCGUCGAGCGGCGAGACCUGCUGGUCCACCGUGUUCAGAAACGCGUCCGGCGUCCUCAGGAACGUGUCGAGCGCGGGCGAGUACGCGCGGAAGAGCCUGCGCGAGUGCGAGGGUCUCGUGGACGCGCUGCUCUACGUGAUGCGCUCGGGGAUCGAAAAAUCCAACAUCUGCAACAAGAUCGUCGAGAACUGCGUGUGCAUUCUGAGGAACCUGAGCUACCGCUGCCAGGAGGUGGAGGAUCCCAAUUACGACAAACACCCGAUCCAGUCCACGGUGCAGAACAGAGUCACCGCGCCCGCGAAAGCAUACAGUUUAUGUCAAGGUGAGAAUCUGGGUUGCUUCGGCGGGAGCAAGAAGAAGAAGGACGGCCAACCGGUCCAGAAGGAGACGACCGCGUCGCGCACGACGAGUCCGCGAACCGAACCGGUCAGGGGAAUGGAGUUGCUCUGGCAGCCGGAAGUUGUCCAGUCGUAUCUUAGUCUCCUGCAAACGUGUUCGAAUCCGGAAACGCUCGAGGCCGCCGCCGGGGCUCUGCAAAAUCUCGCGGCCUGUUACUGGCAGCCGAGCAUCGAGAUCCGCGCAGCCGUACGCAAAGAGAAGGGUCUUCCUAUAUUAGUGGAGCUCUUGAGAAUGGAGGUGGAUCGAGUAGUCUGCGCGGUCGCGACCGCGCUCAGGAACUUGGCGAUAGACCAACGCAAUAAAGAGCUAAUAGGCAAAUACGCGAUGAGGGAUCUCAUCCAGAAGCUGCCGUCUGGAAAUAAUCAGCACGAUCAGGGUACGAGUGACGACACGAUCGCCGCGGUGCUCGCGACACUAAAUGAGGUCAUUAAGAAGAACGCCGAGUUCUCGCGGUCGUUGCUCGACGCCGGUGGUGUCGAGAGACUGAUGAACAUCACCAGGCAACGCCAGAAAUACACGCCACGCGUUCUUAAAUUUGCAGGACAAGUACUGUUCACUAUGUGGCAACAUCAAGAGUUGCGAGACGUGUACAAGAAGCACGGCUGGAAAGAGCAAGACUUUGUCACGAAAACCGUCGCCGCCAGGAAUUCAGGGCCUAAUUCACCCAACAACGCUAACAGCUACGAUUGCAGCACUCUGAAUCGACCGAUGGCGAGCCAGGGAAGCACAAGAUACGAGGAUCGAACUAUUCAGCGAGCGAACAUGAAUUCGAAUAAUGUCGGUCGACCUACUAUAUAUCAAUCACAACCGAAACCCGGUGAGCCGCUCUACGCGCAAGUUAACUUGGAGAAGAAAAAGAAGCGGCAGUUCGAGCUGGGGGUGGGCCAGGGUGGCCAGGUGGGUCAGGCCGGCGGUGGCGCCGCGAUACCCGGAGGCGGCGGCGGCAUAGCUGGACCAGGCGGCGGCGGUGGCGGCGGCGGCAGCGGCCAGUGGGUGCCGGACGGCGUCGGGAUGGUGCCGGACGGCACCGUCGCCACGUCGGUGGCGGCGACGGUGGCCAACCAGGUGCCGCCGCCGAGCUCGAACGCCGCCGCCGCCGGUGACUCCUGGGUAUAACGGGUCCUACGAGCGGGUCCUACGCGGGACCACCGGGAGGACCUCGCCAGAAACCACCACGGCCUCGUUGCGUCCCAGGGCCGCGUCGAACGGCCGCCGCCUCCGUCUCCGAGCAGCCUGUCCAUGUAGCGGAGGUGAACGGGAGGAUCGUGUCUUGCAUCCCCCGCCCCCCCUCCUCCUCGCACCGGGAUGCGAAGUGACGCCUUCGCGGAAUCCCGGAGGGUCGAAGGUGAACGAGAGAGAGAUCUGCGGAAGACUUCGACUCGAUGACGACGUAAGGGACACACGCAAGACGGACACCCGACGUUUAAUUUAUAUUCGGGCAUCCUCUCGUUCGGGGUUCGCGUAAAAUAGGGAUCGCCAGUUGGCGACGUCGUGGUCGAGUUAGUUGGACGGUAGGCGAGUUAAGAGAAACGCUUGUUGCAAGGCAUUAAAACAGGGAUAUCGAGAAUAUAGCAAUUAUAUGAAAUAAAAUGAGGGAGAGAUUUAGGGAGUCGUUGAUGAGAUUCAAGAUAGGUAAAAGUUCGAGGUAUUGUCGAGAGAGUACGCGCGAAAGUAUUAUUAGAUAUUGGAGAAUUAUGCGAUGCGCGCCACUUCCGAAGGAUGGAGGCGGAAGAGCGGAUCAGACAUUACGCUUUACCACUGGAAACAGACGUCCAUAUUACGAUUAGGAAGAAUCUGGAGGAAGCAAGAAUCUCGAGAGAGAGAGAGAGGAAGGAAGUUAACUACGUCGAGUUAAUCGGACGAACGGCAGCUGGAACGGCAGCGAGUCAGGGUGAUAAAAACAGGCAGCUUUCAAGUUGAAGGACUAGAACGAAGUGUAUAUUGAUCUACUUGAGGAUAGAACGAAGGUGUACAUAGAGUGAGGCAGCUGACAGGGACAUGACGUACCGAUGAUGAAACGAACGAGCGGAUUGACGGAUCAACAAGUGGAGAAGCGAGAGAAACGUCGCACUGCGAAGGGAGAUCUCCGCAAGUGGAGGAAAACGCUACUGAAGCGACGAGUGGAUUGGAAAUAUCGAUUUCAAGCGGAAGGGGCUGAAGAUGUGGAGCCAGAAAAACAGACCGACCCCGACGAUAAUGCUCGAUACUGCAAGAUAACGCGCCAACGAUCCUUCUGCCUUACACACACUUUUGACGACGCAAGAGCACCCUUUCCCUACCGCGUCUCUAUCGCCGCAUUGUUUGUAGCGGCGCGUUUGUAACGGCACGAACUUUAAAUAGCCGGGAAAGGAGAAAGGGGUCGAGAUCAAAGGGGCGCGCGCCUAAGAUAUAUAAUCGAAACGUCUUUGGUACACUUCGAUUAAGUAUACAUGAAUUGCGAGAGGAGCUCCGCCGCCGACCUUGAGGAAGCCGGCCUUGACGCAUUUUUAUCGGAGUCCGAGAACCCCAUCGUCGGGAUAAUAAAGAUCGGUAGUAACGGAGGAGAGGCAGCGAACGAGUCGUGUCCAUCAUAGUAGAUCCGGCAAACGCGAGAGCGCACUUGCAGAUGCACGCACCUGCAAUCUUGAUACACGAUAAUAGUUAUCAGCGAGAAAGAGAGGGAGAGAAUGAAAGAAAGAAAGAAAGAGAAAGAGAGAGAGCGACGUCCAACCACAUCCGCAGCAGUAGUCGCACUAAUGGCUCUAAUACCUUCAUUGCACAAUUCUAAAUUAAUAUAUACAUAUAUAUGUCUGCGUAUAAAUAUAUUAUAAACACGACACACAUAUACGUACGUACACGUAUACACACACACAUACCCCUUAAGUGUAUAUUUUAAGAUGGUAUUGGCGGCGGCAAAGGCGCGAGCGUAUACCAAUCAUCGCGAAGUACUGUGCUAAGAAUAAAUUAGGCGUGUCUAUGUAAGUAUUAUAAAUAAGUAAAGGCGAAGAAGCGCCUAAGGCGACUUAAAGGAAGGGUCGCCCGUGAUUUUUAUGCAACUCGAUAAUUCAUGGAAAUAUAUAUAUAUAUAUAUAUAUAUGUAUAUAUAAAAUUAAAUAUAAUAAAAUAUAUAUUUAUAAUAUAAUUAUAUAAUUAAUUAAUUUUAUAUAUUAAUUAAUUAUAUUAAUAUUUAUUUUGCGUGUAUUAUAAAUAUAUAUUUAUAAUAUAAUUAAUUUUAUAUAUUCGUUUCCUGUGUUGGGCAGCUGUUAUAAUUAUUGAACGAAUUGCUUGAUAAUUAUCGUAAUUACGAUAAUGAUACACUACUUCACAACUACUAUAAUUAUUUAGCAAAUUUAAAUUCGCUAAACAAUACACAAAGAAGAUUCUCACGUUUCUCGAAGAAAUGUCAUUCAAUUUAAACGAAAAGAAAAAGGUCCUGUAUAUAUACUUCUGUUAGCGAAGAAAUAUCAUAAGAGCCAAUUAAUAAUUAAUCCCGUUACCACUAUAAGAGAAAGAGAGAAAGUUGCACUUGCUUCUUUGUAAUACUUGGACCCACCAAUCGAUGCGCGCGCGUGCGCGCGCUUAUUAUAAAUAUUUGAGGAGACAUGAACAUAUAAAUAUAAAUGAAUAUAUUAUAUAUAUAAAUAUAUAUUAUAUAUACAUAUAUAUAUACAUAUAUACAUUGGUGACACACUGGCGUAGAAUUUAGUAUAUGACUGUAUUAAUUAACUGUAAACUUCUGAGGCUGUGGGUGUGGCACAAGGAUGCUGAUUUAUUAUACGAGCUGCUGCACUGUCGCAACGUGCAUGAACCUUAGGGAAUGCACUUUUAACUCUUCUGAGGUACGAGUGAAUCCUGCCCAUGUGCGCAAAAGUGCGAGCGAGAGCGCGUGUCGAGGUGGAGGCGCAUCGCCAUCGUGCACACGCGAGCUCACGUCUCACCACGAUAGUAUUUAUUACAUCGUCGAAUGGACUGCGCUGGAUUUUUUUUAUAUAUCCGGAUGAGACGAGGAAGCAGGAGGGUUGUGUAAUUUAAAUCGUUCGACGAUCUAAAAGGGGAAAUUUUUAGAAAAGUACACUUUAUUUUUAAGUAGAAGAUAUACAUAUAUUAAUUAGUACGGUACGUUUUUUUUUAUUUUUUAAGUUUUACUUUUUUUUAUACACGCGCAUACUUUUAUACACUUUUGUAUAUUUUGUUUUAGAGAAGCGUGAUAUUGACAUGGCGUAGUAAUUUAUAGAAUAAAAUAUAUGGAUCGCGCUAGAUGAGUGCGGGAAAAUAAAAUAUUGUAAGAACAAAUAAAGCGUGAGGGAAAACUCCGCGAAGCAAACACCAAUGACUAACAAUCAAUGCUAUUAACACCAUCGACGCUUCACUACUACUAUUUACGGUGCAAUAUAAUAAGAUGCGAGCUCACGUGACGUAAUAACGGUGGGUCUUCACCUGUAGUCGACGUUUCAUCUUGGAACGCAAUCCGCGAUCGAUCAGCGGCGCCUUAGAGCCAUUAUUAUUGCUAUAUAAUUACGUAGAUACAAUUAGCGAGCAGCGAGACCAAUGUAUGUCGAGUCCAUGAACACGUGCGGAAAGCACAAUAGCAAACAUGUGGAUGUGUGCGUGCGUGCGUGUGUGUUUGGCGUGUUAACGUUAUUCGAUGGUUACAAGGUGGCAUAUUAAUUAGCCGGUAUACAUAUUAUAGAUAUAAAAAAAAAAUAUAUAUAUAUAUAUCCCUGUUCUCUAUUUCUUAAAGUAAUAUUACGACAGUUGAUCAGAGAGGAACACGCGAUGGAACAAUGACUGCUCUCCGAAUGAAGACCGGGCGACGAUCGUCCGUCCGCGAAACCUUCUAGAUUAUUUCAUCAACUUCAACCGGAGGAUUGAAUCACGAGGUAGAACAAAAGUUUCGAAUAAGUCACUGGGUUUCAAACUGAUUGACGUUAAACGGCUCAAUGUAUUAUGCCUAUUUAUACGAACGCAGUGUACUAUUAUUAUUUAGAAAGGAAUGAAGAGACAUUUUAUAUUGCGUAAUGUACAAGAGGAGAUCCAGGUGUGUAUGGAUUUUAGAAAGUUUUAUAUUAAAAUAUAGAAUUUGAUACACUUUAUAUUACAAAUAAUAUGUAACGUUCAGGAGUCAAAGAUUUUUUUUCUUUUAUUCGAGACUAACUGAAAAUAUCUUUUUCUUUCUCAAUAUUUAUUUUUUGUAUCGUUAAUUUGUUUUAUGAUUCUAAAAAAACAAACAUAUUUUUUAAUUUAUUUAAAAAAGAAAAUAAUAAUUUAAAAAGAUCACAACGCUUUAAAUUGUUUCUCAAAUAUUUACUGUCCAAUAAAAAUUACGAAUUCGGUAGUUAGACUAGAUAAAUUUUUGUAAAGCCUCGGCCAUUCCCAAACUUUAAAACUCCAACUUUUAGCACUUGAAUAUUACAUAUUACUUUUACGAGUCAUCAAAUUAUAUAUCUCAUCAUCAAACUUUCCAAAAUUCUUAAGCUACAUAUAUGUAUCUCUCCUUAUUAGAUGUAAAAACAAUUUAUUAUCUAAAUUGAAAUGUAAAGAUCGAUGUCACGCGACGUCAUGCGAUUUCAACCUCGUCCGUAGCUAAUUGCACGACGGGUUCGAUUGGCCUUUGUUGUAAGGUGGACGAUCGUCGUUGAUCAGAUGGCUUUAUAAGAAGCGUUAUUCUAUCACGUAACCGCUCACUUUAUUCCGUGGCGGCGUUCUCGAGGGAAAAUUGUGCGCAGAGAAAAACUUGGACCGGAUCAUCAUCCGCGUGAAAUGCCUAGAAAUGGAAAUGCUGGUGUGAGCCUGUGGAGAAGUGACCUUCAUUUCGCCUAUUUAAUUCUUUUGUACAGUGUUUUUUAUAUCGUCGCGCCGCACACUUCCUACCAAGAUCUUAUCUAACCAGCCUCUGUGUAAUAUGCAAAUUUUUAUCCCGCAUUAUGCAAAUUUUUAGAGAAAGACGACGCGACGCGAAUUACUACGAAAAGUAACUCGAUAAUUAUUUUAGUUACUCGAUAUAACCGUAAGCCGCUUAACUUUUUACACCGCUUUCCUUUCCUUUGAAACGCGCUAUCUAUUAGAAAUUAGCAUCCCUCGCCUCUUUCUUAGGAUUUAAGAAAACGGAUGAAAUCAUUGCGCAGUUAAGGCCGUUUAAUUUAUUAUUCUUAUGUUCACCGCGCAUCUUCCUCGUUCGAACUUGUACAUUUUUUUAGCUCGUAAGGCAUUAUCUGAAAUAUAUCGCUCUUAUUUUUCGAAAUACACGAUGCAGACGAAUCUCCAGAUGGAGCAGCGCGAAUAGACGAUUUAUUUUCUUUUACACGAUCCUUUACAUUUUAAUUCUCUUCUCUUUCUUUUUUUUUUAUUCUUUUCGCUCGCCGAAUUAACGACUUGGACCAGCGGUGACUCCAUACGAUCAUUUCCAUCUCGGCGCGGAUGUCGCGUUACACAUUGUUAACGCGAAAUUAAGAAAGACUGUGCGAAACUGACUGAGGCGUGUCUCUCUCUCCCGCCGGUCAAGGUGAGAGAGGAAAGGAACCUUCGAGCUUAUCGCUCGCUCGGAGCUGGCUAGCAGAUCCGUUGCGCUCGUGAUAGACACAGCGUGAUUUUUAGUGUGCGCCGUGGUAUUGUUACUACACCGGCGCGAUCCUUAGAAGACUUUGGACCAUUUGGCAGGCGACACGACGCGAUCUCGAAGUCGAUCGAUCUCGUCGGGACUCGUUGCUCGGGAUAUCUGCGUCACCCUCGUGAUAAUCGCAUGGGCGAGAACGCGCUCUUUUAGUUCCUACCUCUCUCUAAAUUUUCCAAGUCGAAAAGGUGCUCCGAAAACGUGCCUAAAUUCGAUAUACACUUUAAAAAAGGAGUGCUUAAUUUCAAGAUAUUGAAAUAUUUGAUUUUUGUCUCCGUCUUUUAAAUGCUUAAAAAUUAAAUUUUAAUUUUAGAACAGUGUUUAGAUUUGAGACCCUGAACGGGUCUACAGCUGUUAAAGAUUUCAGUUUUAAACAUUUUUAGUAUUUUAAUUCUGAACUGUCUAAAGUAUUUUUAAAUAUUUGAAAAACAGGAGCGAAAACAAAAUAUUUUAAUAUUUUUAAAUCGAACGCUUCUCUUUUGAGUGCAUACACUGAAAACAAUUUUUUAUAUUCAAGUAAAUAUAUUUAAGCACUUUAACAUCAUUUCCUUGAUUUAAAAAACUAUUUUCCAAGUUUAAAAAUAAAUUAUUUUAUACACUGAGAAAAGAGUUAUUGACUUGACUACAUUUUUUAGUUCAACUUUUUAUAUGUAUUUCACUUAAAUACAUAAAAUACUUGAACUUCGGUUUAAACAUUUAUAUAUUUAACUUAACUACACAUAUAUGUUUAAUUUAAAUACGUAAAUGUUUGAACUAAAGGAAUAAAGAUAAAAAAUUUAUUCGAGUCAACAACAUUUUUUGCUCAGUGUGCUGAUUAAUAUUUGUUUAAAUCGAGAAAACGAUGUUGAAAAAUAAAUAUUUACUUGAAUAACUCAUUUUUCAGUGUAUUUCGGGCUGAAACUAUACGUGAGAAAUAGAGUAGAUAUUUUUACCUUUAGCAUCAAUUUACUCCUAUUUAGAGAAUAAUCAGUGAUUCUUACUAAAAUUUAUACGCAUCGAUUUGAGCAUGGAGAUGCAAAUCGUUAAUUAGAGAAAAAAAAUUAAUUAGAAGAUUGUCGACAUCGUUAAAUUAUUAAAAAAAAAUUAAUAAUUGUAAAUCGAACACGAGAAUUAUCACUCGAAGUUACCGAUCAAACGAUUACGUGUCCCCACGAAUCUUUACGAUCGAGGCAACGAACAAUCCCGACGACUGGCAAGAAGUCUCGCGUGCGCUCGAGUGUCCGAAAAUCCUGCGGAAAGGGUUCACAAACGACCGGCGGGUUUCUGUCUCGCGCGCGUCUGUCUCCUCGGCGGCGGCGCGCAAUUUUUGGACCUCGUGUUUUUUGUAGAAUUUUAUAUGCUGCAUACCCACGGUAAAAAGAGCACGUGCAACGAGUGACCUCAUCGUUUCUAUUGAAUUUUGAUACUACACCGUGCUGUGCGAAAUCAUAACCGCGAGUUAGUCGCACCCUAGACGUCUGAACGACGCCCGUCGACGCCGAUGAGGAGAUUGAUCGAUGCACGGGACGAUUCGACGUAAAUCGCCGCGAUAUUUACUGUCGGUGGCGCAACGCAUUAACUCCGGAGAGCUACUCAUAUUUUUCUAACACUACUCUAAUUAGAAUUGUUUUAAGAAUUUUAUAUAACGUAUUUUUAAGAAUUUUUAUAUCAUUUUUUGUAGAUCGCAGAGUAUUAGAAUAAGUGAGGUAACACAAUAGUUUAAUGUAAACAAAGUCUCGUUAAGUGUCAUUUUAAGCUUUCAAAGUUUUCAUAACGAAGACUGUACUCACUCAGAAAAGCAGUAUUUAAUCUUAAGAUAUUAAAAUAUUUUAUUUCUGUUUCCGUUUCUUUAAAAAUAUUUUAAUUUUAAACAUUUGUUGAGAUUUGAAACACUAAUGUUCAUUUCCACUAAUGCAAAUCAACUUUGAUCUCGGUUUAAGUUUCUCUUUACCGUUUCUCUUUUCUACUACUCAGCAAGAGAAUUAGCAAAAGAUAAAGAGUAAGAUAAUUAAACCGAGAUCAAAGUUAAUUCUACAUUGAUGAAAAUGGACAUAAAGACAUUUAAAACUGAGAUCUUUAAACGUUUUAAAUCUAAGCUUUGUUUGAAAUCAAAACAUUAAAAAAAAAAGAAACGGAUGAAAAACAAAACAUUUUAAUACAUUUUUUUUUUUUUACUGCUAAAACUUGAAUCAACACUUGGAUGAAAAUUCACCUACACAUGAAAAGAACAAUUUUAUUAUAGUAUCUAAAAAUUUAGCUAGAUACAGAUCAGCAAAUAAUUUCACGUUGGACUAUCAAAAUAAUUAUGUAAGACAUUCAAGCGUGAUGAUACUGCUGCAAAAAGUUCCAGCAACCAAUUAUAAAAUCCGAUACAAUUUUUUAACUGAUUCAUCAUGAGAUAUUUUCAGGUCUGUAUUUCAUCAAAAUUGCACUUUCCGCGCAGCAGCGCUCCGGGGUUAAUCGCGGCAUUAAUUUCUCAUGGGUCGAAUCACGAAAUUCGAACCGGAGAUUAAUAUUGUAGGUGCCCGCCACAGCCAUUUGUCGCGGCAAGUAAAUGUCUGCCGAGUAUUUUAAUGUACAUAUUAAUAUAUACGUGUUGCGACACUCGAGACUCUUGGGUCUCCAGUGCCGGGCCUCCCCCGAGGCCUUCCUGAAAUUUAAUUUUCGGCUUCGACAGCACCGCGAGAUCUUCCGCCUCGGGCACCGAGCGGGUGCGCCGAGAUAAACAGCGAACAGCAAGCACUUAUACCGAUCGAUCGAUCGAUCGGUCGAUCGACGACUAGACCGAGGUUUUGAUAUCCGCUUUUCAUUCUUUGUGUAUGUGUACACUACUGUCCCGCGUUUAUAACUCCAGCGUUUAUAAUUUUCUACGAAGCACAGAGAUACGGAGGACGAGGAAGUGAACGAAGGGACGGGGCGACGGCGGCUUCGGAGGGCGUAUGUAGAAAAGACUGUUCCCGACGAUUUUAUAAGGAUGUAACGAAAGAAAACGUCGCGCGCGCCGAGCGGAAACGCUCCCCGCGUCCCAGGGUAGGCGUAGCCGAGGCGACGUAAAAGAAAAAAAAAAGUAGAAUUUAUACAAAUGUGUGUGCGCGAUGAACAAUAGUUUGUCACUUAGUCCGACAGUGGUAUCACUGGGUAAUAUUCUCACAACAUCCCCUUGCGAGGUAAUUCGAUUUUCUCAAUCAAGUUCGAUUUUUCUAUUCUCACGACAUAUUUAUAAAUCACGUUUUAUAAAGCAUAGUUAAACAGUUCACAUAAAAAGUGGAUGAAAGUUUUUAAAAAUUAAAAUUAAUUUAAAUAAUGAUUGAUUGAUGUGAAAUUAAUUGAACAGAUUUUUUUUAUUUCACAUCUUGGAAUUUUUCAACAAGAAAAAUCGUGAACUGUUACAUGUCGCGAUUUUAUUAUACGAAUCAGAGGAAAGUUGCUGAAUGCAUACCCGUUCAAUAUUUUACUCUUUUACUUCAUAAAAGCAACAUUUAAUAACAAGAAUAAAAAGCAAAUAAAAGAUAAGUAAUAUAGACAAAAAUUUAAUAAGUUUCAUCCUGUUUUGUGUAUAUUAUUAGCAUUUGAAAAAAUCAGAUACCACCACAAACUUUGCUAUAAAGAAAUGAAUACUAAUGCAAGAUUGAAAAGUGAUAACAGUAAAACUAAUAUUUGCCAAGAACAUGUCAGUUACAAAAAUAAAUUCAAGCCAGUUUAAUUUCGAUGUUCUUACGUUUUUAUUAUUGUUAUUUAUUAAUUAUUAAAUACUUGACCGCUUUUUUUGAUAAAUCAUUAAUAAAAUAAAUACUAGCUAAUGAUUUCUUAUAUUUUUAAUUACUUUAAUUCAUAAAUUCAUAUUUUCAAAGACAAUACGAUUGAAGAGUAUAAAAAAACAGCUCAAGUGAUACGCAUUCGGCAACUCUCCCCUAUAUUGUUAAUAUCUAUUAUUUUUAAUUAAACAUAAGCGAAAGAAGCCUUUAGCUCUUCGUGCCUAAUAAUAAUUUGUGAACUGUACUUUUCCUAGUUCUUAUCUUUAAUUAGGUAGAGAAGUUGCAAAUAAGGAGCAAGGAUGCGGUCUAAUUUUCCAUGACGCGGUACUACUGUCGGAUUAACUACAACAUUCAAACCGACCCUUUCGACGCGGAAGGGCGGGCCUCGUGGAAGGAUGGAGGCAACACUAAGGCGCAUCUUGGCACCUUCGCGUCACUGUAUUAUAUGCAUUUACUCGCGCAGACCCAACAAUCGGAUGUUUUCGAAUAGACAACACGCGGCUAUAGUUAUUAAAUGAUUAUACAUGAUAUUACGCGACGACGCAAGAGAGAGAGAGAGAGUUGAUAUUAUAUAUUAAAUAUAGUAUAUUGAGAUCUUUAAGGUGAGCCAACGUGUUAUCGAGAGAGCAUAUUACAUAUUUUAAUAUAUAAUAUUGAGUUGUUGAGAGCCGCAACACACCAAACAAGCUGCCAGAUGUAUUCGCCUAAGCCGCAGCGCUGCGCGAUUUAAUUGCGCGACAAUACGACACAAUUAUAUUAUUAUGUUACCGAUGGGAAAUUGGCGGUUGGACGAACCCCUAGUUGCCCAAAAUUACCUCGCGAGGUAAUCCAAUUCCAAAGGCGCGCGAUCUGAAAGGAUUCGGGUUUCACGAUUGCGAAUGCAAUCGGUGGGCGGUAAAGGGGGUUAAUAAGAGACGACAGGGUGUUUAAAAAAUCACGCUGCAACCGGAAGAGUAUCUAUCGAUUUGUUAUCACGUUUACUUUCCGGCUGUACUGACCGAUUAUCCGAUGGCCGGCACGAAAAUCAUGAGAGUCGGACUCGAUAAUGGAUUCGAUGACCGUUCACGUGGUGUUCAAAAACUCCGCCGUAUCAUUGAACACCCGGUCGGCGCGCAGUGCGCCGCUUGUGUCCAAUCUAGCUAGAUAAAAGUACUCCCGCUUAAUUGCACGCAAGUAUUCUGCAUCAUUCUUUUAGUUCUAUGAUAUAUUAUUUUUAAAUGCAUUAUUUUUACACCGAGAAAAAAAGUUGUCAACUUGGCUGAACUUUCAACUUGAUUAAAUUUCUUCAGCUAAGCUAUUUACGUAUUGAACUUAAAUAUUACACAUAAAUAAUUGAACUGUAGAGAUCUAAUCGAGUUGAAAAUUUUAGCCAGGUUAACAACUUUUCUUCUCGGUGUAAAUUUACAAGAUUUUGUAGACAGACACGUAUUUUUAUUUUAUUAAGAAAAUUUCAACACUUACAUUUAUUCUUUGGCGCUCGAUUGAUGUCAUUUUAUUUUCAUUGUUUGUAUUUCCAAAAUUUUUAAACAGAAAUACGAAGAUUCGAGAUAGUACGUAUUUAUAUUUUAUAAUAUUUAUAAACAAGUCUCAGGAUUUUUUCCGGCUUCAAAAUGAAAAAAUUUCACAUUAAUUCUUUUGCGUUUAUAAAAGCUUGAAAUGGAAACGAUCGAAACCUUGUUUUGCCUCGCGUUCGAAUCUAACGCACAUCAGUAAUCUAGCGGGACAAAAGGGUUCCGCUUGGCUACACGCGAAUAUUUUGCAUUAUUUAGUUUUAUAUCAUUACAUGUAUUAAUUUGGAAUUUAAACUGUGGACUUUUAUGGAAAAAAUAUAUGUGUUUACGUAAAAAUUGCGGAGAAUACUAAAUAAAAUUUAUCGCGCGUAUAUAACGUAAAUAAUGUGUCAUAAAACUAAAAAAUAAGGCAGAACAAUUUCAUACGACUGAGAAAUACUUUUGUCCAGCUCGAUUGGGCAAUAAAUGGCGCAUUGUGCGGCGUGAGAAGAGUCCCGGGGAAUGGGUUUUUAAUAAUUGCUCGUUUAUCUCGCCGCUCUGCGUUUCGUCCGAGAAAGGAUCCGAUUGUUGGGCCUGGCGCGGCAGCAGCAGGUGCUCACCUAUAUAGCACGUAAAAAAAAAAAAUCGUCACGUUUGUACAAAUCGCGUUGCGCAAGGGCGACCGCUCUUUUCAUUCUCGGUCUCAUCCACGGUGCCGAUAAUCGUUCGAGUCUCAUGCAAGUGCGACGUAGGAAUCGUACGAGUCAUAUUUUGCUCACCUCUCACACGGCUUAUACGGGGUAGACGACUCUUCGCUACGAUUCGCUCCUUCGCGAGAGACUUGUAAUAUAAAUUUCUAACGAAAGAGAGAGAGAGAAAAAAAAGAAAGGACACUCGAGAAUUUUUGAGCUAUCUCCUUUGCAAUUUUUAAACUUUCUAACGUUUCUCGAAUUUCUAACGUCGCGUAACUUGUGUCCUCGACGAACACACCUCGGACACCCCGUAUAGAGUCCUCGACGGAACUUGAAUUUUUCGCGACUGUUUCGUCACUGUCUUCGCACGCGAAGGACUACAAUUGUUAUCGCGAGGAUGCACGAUUUAUGUAUUCACGUAUACGUCGUAUACGCGUAAUCGCUCUAUCUUCGACAAUCCCAUCGACCGCGCGGAAAUCGCGGCUUGGCCUAUGGGAUUCCGAUAUGGGGAAGAACACGAUCUCUCCACAUUUUUAUUACGCUCCUCUCUCGGUGUGGUUAAACUUUGAUAUCGAUUUUUUUUUUCUUCUAGCCGGGAAGCGGAGUCGAUACGCCUAUUCACGCAUCAUUCUUUCUCACAACUUUGACGUUAAAUUAAUAAUAUUAAAUUAAUGAUAUUAAUUUGAUAAUAAAACUAUUAUGAACUCUUCUCUUUUUGUGUCGCGAAUACUCGCCAAAUAUAUUUUCAAUCUCACGGUAUAUUAAAUAACAAUUGAAUUUUAUGAAUUGCUGGUAAAUUAAAUCGAAUAUCGCAGUGAUAAUUGUCAAUCGAUGCCGUUGUCGAAGGUUAUUUACCAACAACAGAGUACGUGGCGAUUAUGCAAUUUUAUGCGAUUCUACUCCACACGGCACAGCGUGACGAAAACAUCGCAAAAUAUUGCUACAAUGUUUCAGCAAUAUUGCAGCAACGUCAAUGCAAUAUUGCAUAUGUUGCUGCGACAUUACGCCGAGAGAAAAUUUUAAUAAACACUUAUUUGAAUACUUGCACAAUGAAAUAUUUACUAAAUACAAAUAAAUAUUUAUUUAGUACAAGAAUUACUAAUAUAAUUUAACCAUCAUCUUUUUUAUUGAAUAAACAUUUGCGUACCGUAAGUAAAUAUUUCAUCGCAAGUACUCAAACAAAUAUUUAUCAAACUUUAGUAAUUUUUUUUUCCUCGCCAGUGUACGUAUCAAUAUCUCCGAAGCGGACAUUUCACCAUUGCCGCAACGUCGCCGAAACGUUGCAGCAAUACUUUGCUGUGCCGCACGGGAUGCAAACAUCGUUCCCAAUAUGCUCUCAAGUUCGCGCGACCAUCGAUUCGACCGAUUCGGAAUGCGCCGGUAUUUAUUCCCGCGUCUAUUUCCCGCGAUCAUUCGACCGUACGGUAUACCGACUCGAUAACCGUUCGCUAUUUCGUACGCUUCGCUAUUUUCUGCGAACUUCAACCGUGCGCGAGGAGAGGGAGGGCUCGAAGUUGAGUACCGACCUGGUUGAUCCCGAUUUCUGACGUCUCGAAAUAACGCCCUAACUAAUUAAGCCCCCCCCUCCCCUCCCGGAGCGGAGGCGCGCGAUCGUCGCCUCGACGAAUUCCGAAUAUUCCGGCACGCGGCACCUUUUUCUACGAAACGUAAUUAGAAACCGGAAAUGGAUUACUCGCGCGGGGCUCGCGACAGGUACUCCUACCUUCCUCGAAGAAAGAAAAAGGAAAAAAAACAAUCGUCGAGUCGGCCUAAAAACGAAGGGACACCGCUCGGUGGACUCGACCUUCGGUACCUUCUCUCUCCCGAAUCGAUUUCUCAUCCGAUCGCGCGAUCUUUCGCGACGCAUCGAGCCGCAUCGUCAUCAUCAUCGUCAUCGUCAUUAUCAUUAUCAUUAGCAUCAUCAUCAUCACUACCCGAUUGACUCGCUCCACGCAUUUACCGAUCGCGAUCGCUGUCAAUCGCUGGCGGUUUGAGAAGACUGAUAGUUAAAAAAAAGAAAAAGAGAGAGAGAGAGAAAGAGAGAAAGAAAGAAUGACUCCCGCGCGAUCAUCGUCGUUUCUCCCUGCAGUCGCGGGGUCGGGGGGAGAUCGCGACCGCCCGUAAUUUCGGUGAACGAUGGAAGAAAAGUUAUUGUUUUCCCGCAUUCGUUCCGGAGGCUUGAUCUCGCGGAGAUUGCGCCGGUUUCGCGACGCCCCCGUUUCAGCGACUGGAAAAAAAAAGAAUACGGACGAAGGACCUCGAAAAGAAACGUAUCUCGUACCCCGCGGGAAUUCUCGCGCGACACGUCGAAGAAAGAGAAGAAGAAAAAGAUUGCCGGCCUCGUCGAUGCGCUUCCGCGAAACGCGCGCGCGACCGAUGACUAUUUGGCUACUUCCCUACUUGGAAACGUCGAAUUACUAUCCGGGGCGACACACCCGCCGACCCGGGCUUUAAUUAAGAGGGAGGGAAAGAAAUCGCGGAUGUGAGGGAUGACUUACAAGUGGAACGAUGAUCCACGCGACUCGACGAGGCCGCUUGUAAACUCGAACAGGGAGCGAGGGGGAGAUAAAGGAAGAAAAGAAAAAGUAAAAAAAAAUCGUACCCACGCAUACCAUUACACAUGUAACACGCGCAUUAACGAAUAGGAAAAAAAAAUGAUAGUCUACUGUGCUGCAUACGUAUUUAAAUUAACGGAGCAUUAAAUAAGCAUGGGUGUGCAUCUUAGAUGUUUUAGAGGACCUUCACCAUCACCAUCACCAUCACCACCACCACCACCACCACCACCAUCACUAUCACCACCACUACCACCACCAUCACGCGUUUAGUGUUAAUUAUGAAACCUUACAGAGCGAUGAUGGCAGGGGAUGACGAAGGGAGAGGAUUAAUCGCGCAAUUAGGAGCUUCCAUAGCCGUAGAUUUUGCGUUACGUAUACACCGGUGUCCAAAAAAAAUCUUCCAUUAAACGAAUUAGUGUCAUAAUUAUUUGUUACCGAGAGAGAGAGAGAGAGAGAGAGAGAGAGAGAAAGAAAAAGAA